AUGACGAAGAAUCAGUUCUAUCGUAACGCUAAGAUCAGGGGGUCUCCGUCGAUUCCUGGCGCCCAGGAUUUCCCUCUAUUCGUCAAACCCGCCUAUGGCUGCGCAAGUCAACUGAUCGACGAGCAGUCCAUCUGCUACAACCAAGAAGAAUUGGAUAAUACACUUGGCCGAAUCAGCAAAGCAUUGCAUGAAAGUCGCAUUCGACAUGCCGAGGACCAAGGGAUUGAAGACCAGGAGAAGUAUGCCGAAGCUUGCACUCUCCAGGGCCGGGAUGCCGAGGAUGUCGUGGUGCAGGAGUUCAUACCCGGUGUUGACGUGACCUGCACUGUCAUACAAAUGGGUCAAGGCUGUUUGGCUCUAGCUCCUUUUUUGUACAGGACGAAGAAGACAGAAAUGAAGGAGCACUUCUUGACCGCCGACCUCAAACUGGACCACCAGACCACGAUUGAAGUCUUGAAGAAGAGCGACGACCCAGUACUCUUCGAGCGUAUGCAGAGGGUGGCAAUCGACGGCUUCAUGGCCAGCGGAUGUCGAGAGAGCAAUAUGGGAUGCGAUGUCGACWUUCGCGUUCGACCGGACGGAGCUACAUUCGCCAUCGAGGUCAAUCCACAGCCCGCGGCUUUCAUGCAUCAAGGACCGUUCCCGGAUCUGCCCAUCAGUCUUAGCUUGCCUGGAAGACAUGCAGCUGUCGUCAACAUCUUCAUCGCGAAUCACCUGCUCGAAAGUGGAGAGCCCCAGCGAGUGUCGAGCAAGGUGGCUAAAACGUACGACAUGUUCUCUACCACUUAUGAUGAUCUCACGAGCGUUUCCAAAAUCACACCCAACGUUAUGAAAGUCGUCGAAAGGCAUGGCUUCGAAGGUGUUGUUUUCGAUCUCGGAUGCGGAACCGGUGUCUUUGGCAAAGUUCUAUCGGAGGCCGCCAAAUCUCGCUCCUCUUUCAUCCUCGGUUUCGACAUAUCUCCAGGAAUGCUAGAGUAUUGCACAAAGGCAAACGGUUAUGACGAAGUCCAUUGCUAA